CCGAUUUUGGAACGUCUGACCAGCACAGAGGAUCGGAAUCUCAAUUACGGAUGACCUCGGGAAUAGGUUCACAAUUCCAAAACUGGAUAAGCUCUCUGGGGGGAUGCCCUGUUAAGAAAGAUGGAGUCGGCUACAAACCUGCAAGUGACGUCCACUGGCGGUUUACUGAUUCCCGAUAAAGCGGGGCUUACUUAAGGCAGCUGAGUGCGGACCGUAGUGCGGGGCACUGGUAUCUCAUGCAUGUGAGCUCCACUGAGGCUCAACUCAACCUCCCUUGAGCACCCCACGCGUUCUCACCACCACUGCUGUCGCCCUUGGUCAUAGGAAGCGUCUUUUAUUAGUCACUUGCUGAUCCCAGCUUCGUUCUCAUCACUACACGCUCCACCAAGCCGGCAAGAUGUCUUCCUCACUCUACACCUUCUCCGACUCAACAAAACAGCAUCUGCGCAAAUUCCGCCUCAGCACCUCACGCUCCAAUGACCCUCAGGCCGUGAUAUACUUCAUCGACAAACAAACCAAGGAGAUUCGCCAAGAUGAAGAUGGCACAGUCUACAAAUCCCUCGAUGAAAUCGCCGAUGACCUCCCUGACCACUCUCCCCGCUUCAUCCUCCUGAGCUAUCCUCUAACUCUUCCAUCGGGGAGAUUAUCCGUACCAUACGUCAUGAUUUACUACAUGCCCACCACAUGCAACAGCGAGCUGAGGAUGCUGUACGCCGGUGCCAAGGAGCUCAUGCGAAACACGAGCGAAGUCACCAAGAUCUUGGAUUUAGAGACCCCAGAGGAGCUGGAGGAGGUCCCGGAAAAACUCGGUGCCUAACAUGCGGAUGUUUUAGAGCUGGCGUUGGAAGGGUCAUGGGCUUAGACAUGUCAUAGUCUUCAUUCAGGGUUGUAGCAAAUUAUGAAUUUUGUAUGCCUCUGACAUAUGGGUAUCAAGAUGCUGUAUAGAUUUACAGUGCCGACAACAAGGAAAAGUAUUGUCUCUUAGCUGCUGCCAUCCCCUUCCAGC